GUAGGUUGGUGGGAGAACGGCGUCCUGAGACUCCGUUACCCGGCAGGCUCUCGCUACGGCCCCUUCCUCCAGCCCCCGGACGACGCCCAGCACCUGCGCGUCGUCACGCUGGAGGAGCGGCCGUUCGUCAUCGUGGAGCCGGCCGAUCCCGCCUCCGGAACCUGCAUCCGCGACUCCGUCCCUUGCCGGAGACCUCUCAACGUCAGUGCAAUCCAGGAGGGCGAGACCGUUAAGAAACAAUGCUGCAAAGGCUUCUGCAUUGACAUCCUAAAGCGAUUGGCUAAGAUUGUGGGUUUUACCUAUGACCUCUACCUGGUGACCAAUGGCAAGCAUGGGAAGAAGAUUGAUGGAGUUUGGAACGGCUUGAUUGGAGAAGUGGUGUACAAGCGAGCAGACAUGGCCAUCGGCUCCCUGACCAUCAACGAGGAGCGCUCGGAGGUGGUGGACUUCUCCGUCCCCUUCGUGGAAACGGGCAUCAGCGUCAUGGUCUCCCGUAGCAACGGGACGGUGUCGCCCUCAGCUUUCCUGGAGCCCUACAGUCCAGCGGUGUGGGUGAUGAUGUUCGUCAUGUGUCUGACCGUGGUGGCUGUGACCGUCUUCAUCUUCGAGUUCCUCAGCCCUGUGGGCUACAACCGCAGUCUGCAGAGUGGCAAGAAGUCGGGCGGCUCCACCUUCACCAUAGGGAAGUCCGUGUGGCUGCUGUGGGCCAUCGUCUUCAACAACUCGGUCCCUGUAGAGAACCCUCGAGGAACCACCAGCAAGAUCAUGGUACUCAUCUGGGCCUUCUUCGCCGUCAUCUUCCUGGCCUCCUACACCGCCAACCUGGCCGCCUUCAUGAUCCAGGAGGAGUACAUAGACACCGUGUCUGGACUCUCCGACAAGAAGUUCCAGCACCCCACGGAGCAGUACCCCCCUCUGAAGUUCGGCACUGUGCCCAAUGGGAGCACGGAGAAGAAUAUCCGUUCCAACUACCCAGACAUGCACCAGUACAUGGUCAAAUACAACCGAGUGGAUCAGGCCCUAGUUCAACUCAAGACUGGGAAGCUGGAUGCUUUUAUCUAUGAUGCUGCUGUGCUCAACUACAUGGCUAGGAAGGAUGAGGGAUGUAAGGUGAUGACCAUCGUCGGGAAGGUGUUUGCUACCACGGGAUACGGCAUCGCCCUCCACAAGAACUCCCGCUGGAAACGACCCUUAGACCUGGCUCUGCUGCAACUGGUUGGAGACG